AUGCCGUCCGAGACCUCACUCAACCAGCUAGUCAAAGGCGCACCGACGGCGUCGGUCAACUCAUCACCUCCCGCUCCACUCCCUCCUUUAGCACAGGCUGCGUCCAACAACACCACAGACCAAUACUCCUCUGAUCUUUCCGCUCUCCCCUCCUCCCCACCACAGAUCUACCUCAACCUUCUGAUCCUCGAAUCCUCUCUUCGCUCGCAAUACCUACAUCUCCUCUCGCGCCGCCGCCUCAACACCUUCUUCACCCUUUCGGUGACGCUUUGGAACGCAUUCUUCCUCUACGCUUUGUUUCUCCGCCCUCGCGAAGAUGGCGUUGGUAUCGGCGGCUCUAUCUACUGGGUCAUCGAAGUAUCGGAGAAGCUGGCACUGAUGGGUGGCCUGGUGACGGCGCUUCUGAUUUGGGCCACGGGCCAAUGGGAACGCGGUGUGCGAUGGCCACGACGCUGGCUCAGCACCACGAACCGAGGCCUGCGCGUCUUCAACCUGCGCUCGGUGAUCCUACGACGCAAAUGGUACCGUGAGUGGCUGGGACAUUUGUCGUUCCUUAUCCCCUUUGGCCUCCUUUGGAGCGAUGAGGGCGGUGGCUUCAGCGACUGGCAUUUCGUGGAACACGAGAAUGGCGUGGUCAUCGAAGAAGAUCUCGCCAAGGGCGGCGACUACAUCAUGCUACUUCUGCAGCCGAAGGCCUUUAGCCCAGAAUUCCGCGAGAACUGGGAAGAAUAUAGGUCCGAGUACUGGGCAAAGGAGAACGAGCGGCGCGCAGCCUUGCGCAAGAAGGUCAAGCUGCAGCGCAGAACCAAGGCCAAGGAGAUGGGCGGAUGGAAAUGGCAUUCCGGCCUGUGGCGGCUGAUGCCACGCGCCGGCCACAGGAGGCACAAUCAGGAUCUGGAGAAGCAUCCCACGCAUCUUCAUGGGCACCACGCACCCCACACUAGCCAUCAGAGCCACCAACGCGGCAGCUCGCGCACCGGCCUAUCAGAGAAGGACGCGCUGAAGCAGUCUCGCCGACGAUCGCUACGCAGCGACUCAGCCUCGCAUUCCCGACAGAGUUCACGGUCCAGCACGCCCACGGUUGGCGAAUGCGACGGCGCGAGCGACUUGCCCAGGGUGCGAAGAGGCAGCAGCGUCAGCAGCACGGCGAGCGUGCGGAGGAAAACAAGAGGUGAAAGGGUCAGCCCUCUGACGAGCACGACUACCGGCGCGAUCGCGGAGGGCCAAGAUAGGCCCAGGAGGAAACGCAUCGACAGGGAUGCGCAGAGGCCGACGACGCCAGAUAGCGAUAGUGGUGUCGGGGAGGGGGCGUGGAAGAUCAAGAAAGAGGGCGAGGGGAGGAUGGGGGGUGUUGCUUAG